AUGCUUCUACUGGCAUCUAACUUACAAGAUGAACAAUGGGUUUACUAUUACCAGCUAGGUAUCACAGAAGGUAUUCGGACUGGACGGGUGUCGAAAAGAAUGGCGAGAGACAAUUCGAUGUGUUAUGCCUGUGGUCGUUCAAAACAUAUCAUCGAACAACGUCGCAAGAAAUUUCAAAGACAACUAAAACAAAUUCAAAGUGAUAUCGAUCAACAUAUGACACAAGCAACCAUUCCACUCUCUGAUUUGAAUACUAUCAAAAACAUCGUUACUGAUCUUGUUGAUAAGAAUCAAUAUUCAUUGCGUGUCGAGUUCGAAAGACGAAAAGCUAUGCUCCAAUUCGAUGCCAAAGAUCACCAAUGUAUCCAAGCAUUCUAUGGUCUAAAACCGAGCCAAACACAGGCACGUGUCAACCUAUCUUCAAUUGAAAGCUAA